AAGCAAUAUUUAUUCAAGGAGAUAACGCAUUUAUCAAUUAUGUGAUGAAUACGUGGCGAGGAACACUCAUUUUUUCCAAUUCAAAAGUUACCAACCAAUCCAAUUGGUUCUUCGAAUAUCCAAUUAUCGUAUCGCUUUGUUUUCGCCGCCAAUCAGCUGUUCAUUUAUCGAUCGAUACCAUUAUUUGCAGGGGCGCCAUCUGUGGCUCGCGGCUUUUUGAUUGGUAUUGAUCAGCACGUAUCCAAGCCCGAGUUGGUGAUUCGCAAAUAGAAUGGUUAGGAGGCAUUGUCAAAAUUCGUAGAUGCAAAUUGAAUUUACCAAAAAAAAAAUAAUAUUUAUAAAAUAAUAUAAGGAAAAGGUAUUAAGGGUAGAGUGAAAUAAUGUUGUGAGUUAUCUCAAGAAGACUGCAAACAUGGAUUUACAUAAACCGGUUGAUUUGAAUAAUAGAACUUUCGAUGAGUUGACUUCGGAGGAGAAAUGGAGGCUGGAACAUCAGAAGCUGCACGAGCAGCAUAAAGGCCAUGACCAGAUGCACGCAGAGAUGGUCCUAAUCUUAGUGUUUACCUUAAUCGUAGCUCAAUUCGCUUUGAUUGAAUGGAAGAGGAGGAGCUACAGAUCGUAUUCUAUAGCGACUUUGAUUGGUCUCUGGCUGAUUCCGAUUAUGAUAUCUGUGAAGAACCUCUGGUGGAGGUUCAUUUUCAUAUGGCUGGUGUUCUCUUGCAUCAGCGGGCUGAUAGUGAGGAAGGCUCUGCAAAAGCCGAUAGAAGGAACAACACCAAGAUUGGUUUACAAAUGGUUCUUUCUGCUGUACAAAUUAAGCUACGUUCUAGGAAUAAUUGGGUAUGUCAUUAUGCUCGUCACAUUCUUCGGCUUCAAUAUUGUGUUCGACGCGAAGUCGAACACUUGGAUGGAUUGCGGAUUGUUAUUCGUCUUUUACGGCCUGUAUUAUGGGGUGUUGGGUAGAGAUAUUUCCGAGAUUUGCGCAGAUAAAAUGGCCUCCCACAUAGGCUACUACACUUCGCAAGGGAUGCCCACACGCAACUUAGAGCCGGGAGUCUGUGCGGUGUGCGGCAACAAGCUGUUCGUCAGCGAGAAGGAAGCUGGUGUCAUCGAGAACUCCUACAAGUUGUCAUGCGAACACGUAUUCCACGAGUUCUGCAUAAGAGGUUGGUGCAUCGUCGGUAAAAAGCAGACGUGUCCGUAUUGCAAGGAGAAGGUGGAUUUGAAGAAGAUGUUCUGCAAUCCGUGGGAGAAGCCGCACGUCCUUUACGGCCAACUGCUUGAUUGGAUACGUUGGUUGGUCGCUUGGCAACCGAUGAUCUUGUUCUUGGUGCAGGGUAUAAACUGGUUGCUAGGAUUGGAAUGAUCCUCUCUUUUUUUUUACCAUUAUAACACAGCAAAGAGAUAAACGUGUUUGAUCUUCGAAAAACUAAAUCAUUGAUUUGUAACAAUUCAUCAGUUCGUAUGUACUUGAUCGAUCCCGCAGUCCUCUUUCACAAACAAUUACCAAAAGAAAUGUAACAUAUGCAAACAACUCAAUAUACACAGUGUAUAUAAUA